UCCGCCUGUACAUUCUUAUCUCAGCUCCACCGCUCAGCAUAAUCGCAGUUAUAUUCGUCCAGUACUUUCGCAAAAACUUCCACAAAUGGCUGCGUCUCUCUAUACUCUCUCAAUCGCCGUCACUCUCAGGAUGAAUCUAGUGCAUCCAAAAAAUCACUUGUACCUCCCCCAGUUACGGAAAGGAGUUGUGCGUUUCCGUGCUCGUACGAGUAUUACAUGGCAAAAAUGCAAUUUAAAGCUCAAAAUGGUGCCUGGUGGACUAUUUUCUGGUUGUUGUGAUUCGAGAACCUUAGCAACUGCUAACUCACUAGAAAUUGAUGGUGAAAACCAGGCAAAUGGGUUCAGGUCUAGAUAUUUGAAUGAGAACUCAAUGAACUUCCAAAACAGCAUGAAUGAUCUUGAAAGCCAACUGCAGGAGUUGUUUAAUGAAGUAAGAACUAUGAUUCAAUUGGGAAAGGAAAAUGAUGCAGUUGAUUUACUUGAGGCGAAUUAUGAAGCUGUUAAAGAACAAAUGGCUUCAGGUGCUACAGGCAUAGAAGAAGCUGCUAUUCUUGAUGUAAUAGCCUUGGGGUACAUGGUUAUUGGAGACUUGCAGACUGUUGGGUCAAUAUUAGACGUGUUGAACAAGAUUGUAAAUAGGUUGAAGGAUCAGGAACCUCUUCUGGAUUCGAUACUCAUGCAUAUGGGAAGUAUGUAUGACAAGCUGGAAAAGUUUGAGCUGUCCAUUGGUUUCUACCAGAGAUCCCUUCAAAUUAUGGAAAGAACAUAUGGAAACAACAGCUCAUUUCUUACCAUGCUGUUGCUGGGGAUGGCUAAAGUGCUUGGUUCUAUGGGAAGAGCUAGUGAGGCAAUGGAAACAUACCAGCGUGUGAUUACGCUAUUAGAAUCUAGUAGGGGUGGGGAAAAUGAGGAAUUGGCAGUGCCAUUAUUGGCACUGGGCAAUCUUUUAGUGAAGGAAGGACGAGCACCGGAUGCUGAAAGCCCUUUCAAUAGAAUCCUAAUUUAUGUGAAUACAUAUGGAGAAAAAGAUGGAAGAGUUGGAUUGGCUAUGUGCUCCUUGGCACAGGUGAAAUGUGCAAAAGGAGAUGUGAAUGAAGCCAUUGAUCUAUACAAGAAGGCCCUUCAAAUCCUUGAGGAUUCAAAAUACAUGGAAUUGGAUGACAUUGCAAUGGAACAGAUGAGAGUAGACUUGGCUGAAUUACUUCAUGCAACUGGAAGAGGAGAAGAAGGCCGAGCCAUUCUGGAGAAAUGCUUGUUAAUAAAUGAGAAGUAUAAAGGAAAAGAACAUCCCAGCUCAGUACCACUUCUUGUAAAUCUUGCAACUUCCUAUUCACGCUACAAGAAUUUUGUAGAAGCUGAGCGCUUGCUGAGCAUAAGUUUGCAAAUUAUGAUGAAGACUGUGCCCCCCGAUGAUCAGUCCCUCACAUUCCCGAUGUUACAUCUUGCCAUCACUCUGUACAAUCUAAAUCGAGAUGAAGAAGCUGAAAAACUUGCUCUCGAUGUUCUACGCAUCCGUGAGAAGGCAUUUGGAAGAGAAUCUCUACCGACUGGAGAGGCUCUUGACUGUUUGGUCUCUAUUCGGUCACGAUCAGGGAAGGACGACAGUGAGUUGUUGGAGCUGCUCAAGAGGGUUCUGAGAAUUCAGGAGAAAGCUUUUGGCCACGAGGGUGAGGAGGUCAUGGAAACCCUCAAGAAAAUUGUAUGUUCCAUGGACAAAAUGGGUAUGAAUAACGAGAAACGUCCAUUGCAAAGAAGAUUAUCCAUUUUGAGAAAAAAACACAAGAAAAUGGUUAGGUAUUGACAACAGUGGCUUAUUGAGUUGGAUAUUUCUUGUUUUCUUGCAAUGGAGCGAAUCCUAGAUCCUUGGCUGUUUUGAUGUCACGAACAAUGAUGAAAAGUUUUAUGGCAAGAGUAAGCAGCCAGUAUUCAGCAUUUUUGAUAAUGAACAUUGAGGAAUGGAACUCAUAAAAGUUGCUUGUUCAAUCUCAAUGAUGAGAAUAAACAGCUUGAAGUGUAACUGAACAGCUUGCGAAAUGUGCGUCUCCACUUCAGGUAUAUAUAUAACAAUUGAUCAAGGCGAUCUCCAUCAGCAAGCAAAUAUUUAGCUGGACCUGAAAAUUCCAGUUUUGUACAUAUACUUGUCGAAUUAACUCCUGGUAUCCUCUGCCCCAUAAGCAUCAAAUGCUACUGCCCGUGUCAAAGGAAUCAUCUUUGAUGAUGUGAACUUCAGUGCUAUCUAUCUUUGACAGCCCAGGAGGUAUUCCCAAGUAAUUUGCUUUUAGGGACGAAUGUGUAGUUUUUUAUUAAGUGUUUUGAUGUUAUCUUUGACAUGAUGUCUGUUUUCAUGAAGCGUUUUGAUGUUAUCAACUUGCAAUAUAAGUAUGUUGGGGAUUGUUUAUUUUUAAGUAUUUUGAAUAUUAUGUGCAAUUAAUUUUAACUCC